AUGAGAAAGCCUUACGGAAGACGAAGCAAUGCUAAAUUCAAUGUCAUUGUAGGGCCUUAUUCUGAGGAGAUCGUAGAAGAUCUAGCCAUCGGUUCUGCAUCUACUGACGAUCGGUGCAGUCUGAAGACAGUGCUCAGCUUGCGAGUUGUCUCGCGAGUACGGUCGCAGAGAAAUACGACCGCUGGCAACCGGAAAGAGGUGUCGACGCAAGAUUGCGAGCGGCCCUCUCGGAGCAGAUUGCGUCGAGAACUGGUCGGCUGA